UCAGGUUGCAUUUAGGGCAGCUCAGUGUUGGUAAUCUUGUGUUCCUCGCCUCGGUCCAUCACCCAGAAACCAACAUGAUGCAGACGUUAUGCGUGGCUGUAUGGCUGACUAAAUCUCUAGUGGUGUGUACGGGCCACUCUGGUCCGGUAGUCAACACUCCUUCUGGUCCAAUCCAGGGAGUUGUUGUUCCAGCCCUCGGACAGAACGUCUUACAGUUCCGGAAUAUUCCAUUUGCAGAACCUCCUGUGGGCGAGCUCCGAUUUGAGAAGCCUGUUCCUGUAGGACCUUGGACAGACACACUAGACGGUACUAAGUUUGGGCCGUCUUGUAUCCAGGACACCAACUUUUUGCCGGAAGUGCGGGAAAAUUUAGAUAAUAAGGAAACCUCAGAAGAUUGCUUGCAGUUGAAUGUGUAUGUUCCUGAGGCUGUAUCAACUACAGUCAAAAAGCCGGUAAUGGUUUACAUACAUGGCGGCGGUUUUGCAAGCGGAUAUGCUGCAUUAUACGACUCGUCGUAUUUUGCAUUGAAAGAUGUUAUAGUAGUAACCCUUCAAUACCGCUUGGGACUGUUUGGGUUCUUAAGCACGGGAGAUUCCACACUUCCAGGUAACUACGGUCUUUGGGACAUGAUCGAAGCAUUAAGAUGGGUUAACAAAAACAUAGCGUCAUUUGGAGGUGAUCCGCACAUGGUUACCAUAGUUGGAGAGUCAGCAGGAGGCUUUGCUGUAUCCUUCCUGUCUGUUAGUCCCACAACUAAAGGGUUAUUCCAGAGGGUUGUCGCUCAGAGCGGAACUCCAGUAAGCAAAUUGUUUAUUAGCGAGAAUCCCAUCCGAGUCGCGGAAAAGGUGGGUAGCUAUGCUGGGUGUAUCACUGACACCGAGUCGGUCAUUGAUAACGAAGCUCUUAUAAAAUGUCUGAAGGGAAAAUCCGCUGAAGAUUUGUUAAAAGCACAGUCUGACCCUACAACACUGUACUUCGGCAGGUUCUCGAUAUCCGUAAAUCUCUGGCCGGUGAUAGACGGGGAGCUCCUUCUACGGAAACCUAUCGACAGCUUACAGGAUCCUGGAUCAGAGGAAUUGCUUUACCUCCAGUCUCUAGAUUUGAUAGCGGGUACUAACGAUAACGAAGCUUCUCUGAUUCCGUUUAUAUUUUCCCAUUUCCAAGAGCCGAUGAACUUUAGCCUUUCUGACGGUAUACCGACGCCAUUGUUGUGUGACGUGUUUGCACCAGCUGUAGCUAAAGACGCCUUUGACGAUGAAACCAUUGUGUCGGACAUGCUCUGUCAACGGUACAAGGAGGACAACAUGUUCGACCAAGCUCAGAGCAUAUCCGACUUGUAUGGGGAUCUGUUCUUUCACGCUCCAACUGUGGCCCUUCUGGACUUCCAUUCAAAGGGGAACACUCGCUCGAACACAUACCAAUACCUGUUCACACAUGAAAUCACUUUUAAGUUUCUAGUGCCCUCUUUCCCCUGGUCUAAGGGUGCUGGUCACGGCGUGGAAUGCUUGUACAUGUUCGGUCCAGGUGACAUUGGUGCUAUUGACGACUCCAUCCGUAGCACGGAAGGGAGAGCGUUAACAGACACAGUCGUAACCUACCUGACUAACUUCGCCAAAACAGGAAACCCAAAUGGUCAAGGUUUAGUUCCGUGGGAGAAGUUCACCACUAGAGGGCGUUACUACUUGGAUAUUAAUUACAAGCCAGUCCUAAGACAGGAUCUUUACCAGAAACGUAUCACGUUUUUACAGCAGGACAUUCCAAAUCAGCUCCGACAGAGUUCAAAGACAGAACUAUAGUACACGUAACUGUAUGUCUAACGUAGGACUGACACUACAGCCUGGACACAAGGCUGUAUGUCUAACGUAGGACUGACACUACAGC